AUGCUGGAAGUAAGAGGAUUCCGCAGCCUCUGCACCGUCUUCCUCCGCGACUCAAUGGGUUUUCUGCUGGUGUUUGACCUCACCAACGAGAAGAGCCUCCUCAGCUGCCGGGAGUGGAUGAAUAUGCUCUGCCAGCACGCCUACUGUGACCGCCCCGACGUGGUUCUAGUGGGCAACAAGUCCGACAAAGUGGACGAGCGUGUCAUCUCCUCCGCGGCGGCCCAAGACCUGGCAGAUGACCUUGAGUGA